AAUAUUGACCUUGACUACUUGAUUCUUAUUGUGAUUUUUAUUUAUAUAAUUUUUUUAUAUUUUAAGUAUUAUUGUUCUCGUUUUCUUCGUUAAGACCAAAUGACUUUGAACCUGUGAUAAAAAUUAUUUACAAGGAUUAUGCAUUAUUAUUAUAUCGCUCCAAGUUUUAUCGAUGUAAUAAAAUUUUAUCGUUGUUGAGUUCGUCGACAUAGUAUACUUAGAAAUUGGUUGUUAUUUCGAAUUUAAUAGUUGGUGGAGUGAUUAGUGUAAUGGAGAACAUUGAAGGUCCAUGGGACAAUGAUAAACGUAGGGUAUCAUCUGGCUCAUCAGCGAAAAUUCAAAAUCAUGAUUUAAAUAAUAGCCAAAUUGAGUCUUGUGAUGAAUCAAUUUUUGAUGAUUCUUUGACAUAUAUACCUGUGUAUACUCAUUUAAUCACUUAUGAUCCAGUGCCAAUUAAGAGGCCAGUGACCCCAUUAAUUAUUAAAUCACUUCGAGCUGAUUUAAGAGCAGAAUCAGAGAUGAGAAAAACACCAGAAUCAAAAUCAUCUAGCCAGUUUGAUAAAUCAUCAAAAAUUAAAGGAAAAAAAUAAACAAGAUGCAAAUUAAAAAAUUAUAAUUAAUUUUAGUAAUUUUAUUAAUUC